AUGUCGAGCAAGUAUGGCGCUCUGAGUCCGCUAGACAGUGUCUACAAGAGGCAUACCAGUGAGAUACCAAGAUAUUUAUCAAAUUAUGCUCUUACGUCGAAUAGGAUUCUUGUAGAAGUUAGAUGGGUGCAACAUUUGGUUAAGCUUGGUAUUACUCCGGUAAAAGAGCUGUCAAGGGAAGUAAAUGAGUUCUUGGAUUCCUUGAAGGAUAUAUCAGAGGAUGGUAUGCGAAUCAUUGAAGAAUUAAACAGUGUUACUCGUCAUGAUGUUAAAGCUGUAGAAUAUUAUAUACGGAAACGUUUUGAGGAAAGUGGUUAUGACGAUCUUAUAUUGUUGAUGCCAUGGAUUCAUAUGUUUUGCACUAGUGAAGAUAUAAACAGCCCAGCACAUAGCACUGGAAUACGUGAUUGUAUGGAUCACCUUAUUAAGCCUUUAAUGUUAAACAUUAUCAACUCAUUAGCCAAGCUAUCGGUUGAGCAUGCGAGCAAACCUAUGCUUUCAAGGACCCAUGGACAACCCGCAUCCCCUACCACAUUUGGGAAGGAGAUGGCAAUUUAUACAUACAGAUUGUCACAACAAUAUAAAAAGUACAUAGACAAGAUUGAGUAUUUUGGAAAGUUUGGAGGAGCAGUAGGGAAUUUUAACGUUCAUUUUGUAGCCUUUCCAGAUUUGGACUGGCCAAGUAUCGCAAAAAGUUUUGUGGAGGAUCUGAACCUUACAUAUCAGCCAUAUUCAACCCAAAUAGAGUGUCAUGAUUAUAUUUCAGAGUUAUCUGAUAGUAUAGCAAGGUUCAAUACAAUUUUAAAGGAUAUGUGCGUGGAUAUGUGGCUCUACCUUUCACAUGAUUUGCUUAAACUAAAAAAUGUAAAGGGUGAAGUUGGUAGCAGUACAAUGCCUCACAAAAUAAAUCCUAUUCAUUUUGAAUGUGCUGAGGGAAAUAUUGGUUUGGCUAAUUCAUUGUUUUCAUUCUUCAGCUCAAAGUUACCUACCAGUAGGAUGCAAAGGGACCUAAGUGACUCAACAGUUCUCAGGAACAUAGGAACUGCAAUGGGUUAUUCUGUGGUCGCCUACAAGUCUAUAAUUACUGCUUUUGAAAGAGUAGACUUUAAUGCUGAAAAGGCUCUCCAGGAGUUAGAAAAUAACUAUGCGGUCUUAUCGGAACCUACUCAGGUUGUUCUCAAGAUGAUGGGACGUUCAGACGCAUUUGAUGCUGUUUUGAAAUUCACAAGAGGAUCGGAAGUCAAUGGUGAAGAAAUGAAAAAGUUUAUCCAAGAGAAUUGCCAACUUAGUCCAGGCAUGUCUGGUAUAACGCCAGCUAGUUUUACGGGAUGUGCCGAGCAAUUUGCCAGAAAUAUCAUUUCAUUUUUACCAAAUAAAUAG